AUGCAAUUCACUACUGCCAUCGCUCUUCUUCUCACCGCCGCCACCGGUGCCAUCGCAGCUCCUGGCGGCCACGGCGUUCACACUCCUCCUCCUCCUCCCCCUCCCCCCCAGAACGUUGGUACCAACACCAACUACCAGUCCAACAACUGCGGCAAUGGUGCUUCGCCAUACUGCUGCAGCGCUGAAACCGAUGCUCUGGGCUCAAGCUACUGGGAGUGCUCUAACAUCAAUGAUACUUGCAACUCUAUCACUGUUUGCUGCAACAACAACAACCAGAACAUCAACCAGCAGGGAGACCACAACAGCGAGGACAACAACAGCGGCAACCAGUCUUGCAGCGCCUUUGGACAACAGAAGGUUAUUUACAAAUAA